AUGCAACACUUAUUAACUCGGGCUGAGAUACCAGAUGAAUACGACAAUUAUGGAAUCUGGAACGCCAAAGAAAUGUGGUUGAGAUACGCGCCUCCGACGAUAGAAGGACUUCUGAAUAUGAAUUACGAGAGACUUAUUUGCCGCCGUUCGAAACUCAAAACAUCAGAUUUGAACUUAUUUCUGAAGAAGUGGCUUCAAUCUACUGAAAAAGAGGAUAAUAAAUAUAACAUAAACGAGAUAAGGUUGUCUCAGAUUGAGAAUGAUUCGAACAUUUUCGAAGACCUUCCAGUCAUCCCAUGGAAUCCUCGUCAGAGAGGUCAAUUCUUCUUUCAUCGGAAUCCGUUUCAAAAUUUUGGAAUCGAUUGUUCUCGAGAUUUCGAUUUGUUGAGAGACGAUGGAGUUCUAGCAACUGUCUCUUACGUACGAAUUCCUCACUUAUAUGACCAAUUCUAUUUUUACGUCUGGCGUGAGCGAUUUCAUGUAAUUCCGAAUGAUGAAAUGUUCAACCCUGCUAUAAUUUUUUGA